AUGGGUAGUUUCGACAUCUUCUGCGCCAUCUGUGGCGCCACUGUGCGGUGGUUCGAUCAGGACAUGUUGUCGAACAAUGAAACUGAAGAGGAGCAAAAAUCUUUCAAGCUUCUAGAGCAUGAAGAAACGGCGUGGAUAAAUGAGUUUCGCUGUAUCAGCGAGAAUCCCAACUCACAAUCUGCCGACGACAAAGUAUAUGUGUCUGGACCGGCAAGCUAUUCGGAUUAUGGAAUUUGUGACGUGGAGGAAGACGAGAAUCUGGGACAAUUUGCAGGUUAUGGACAUCGUUACGAUAUUCAUGUAUAUGGAGGUACUGGAGACGAGGAUGAUCCACUAGCAUUCCCAUGCCACAACGCAUGUAACAAAAUACUUCGCAAGGUCAUCCGAUCCAUCUCCUUCGACAAUGAAAAAAUCGACAAGGAAGUUCUAUUCCUUGCGUUAAAAUCCUUCGUUGAAGGGGAACCUCCGUACGACCGGUGUUUGGGUCUUGUCGACUAUGGAGAGUGUAUGGAUGAAUUGCAACAACAGUAUUGGUAUAUACUUCCGGGUGUAGAGUAUUACAUGGUCAAUCCAGUCAAUAUUCCAGCCUUGGAGAGAUAUUACUCCAAUAUUCCAACGCUGUUAUCGUCUGAGCAUACCCCGCCUUCAGCCGAUACUGUUGAGACUAGAUUAUUACCAGGGGUAGUACACGACUAUUUUGCAGAGGUUCCAGUUAAAAUACUCCUGCACAUUCUACAGUAUCUCCCGAUAGACUCAGUCAAUGCUCUACGAACAGUGAGCUCAUAUGUGACUUCAGCAACCAGUUCAAGCAGCUUUUGGGAAAAGAGAUUGCGCCAGGAUAUGCCCUGGCUCUACGAUAUCCCAGAAGAGAACAAUAGCAACGGGCAAGGGGUCGACUGGGCGCAGGUAUGCCAGGAUCUCCACGAAAAGAGUCAUAACAACUGCGAAUCCAGAAUUCUCGGUCUUGUCAAUCGGAAAAGAAUAUGGAAGAUCUGCGACCUGUUCGCUGCAUCCUAUUUCAAUAUCAAAAAGGCCAAGGAUUAUGAAAAUAGUACAGCUGUCUUGAAAAAUGCUUUCUCAGGUCCUAUGGUACCUCUUGGCGAUCUUGGGAAAGUCAAAACCGAAACUUCAAAGCUUGCUUUGAUCAGUGACGUCAAUGAUGUUGGUGUCAAAAACCCAGUUCUGUCAAUAUAUUGGAGUCGGGAAGGGUUUCUGCUAGGUUUUGGUGUUACCCUAGACACAGCUACAACAGGCCAAAAAGCCAGUGGUGACAGCGACUACGUUGGAGCCAAAGGAAAAGCUGCGCGCACUGAUGAAGUGAAAAUUCCGCAGGGUGACUGGCUGACAGGGUUUAUGUUCAUGACACGUAUAGGACUGGAAGAUACGCAUGAAGAGAAAAAGAAUCCAGGUCGAUUUGUCAUUGGCAUUGAACUACUGUUUAACACUACUGAGUCAAUGCAUUUUGGAGCGAGUAACGGAAAUAAGAGACUCGUUCUAACUGAGCCAGGUGAGGUGAUUGUCGGGCUUCUAGUAGAAUGGACAGCUACCAGCGGGAUUCUAAAUCUUGCAUUACUCAAACACGAGAAACGAGUAUCUUUUCAGGAAAUCUACCCUUAUGCAGACUCCAGCUUGAAUCAAGUGCUCUGGAAGGAUGAUAUUCCACCACCAAUAUUGCAAAUGAGCCGGCUAAUGAACGAAGGCGGUUCAUGGGUUCCUGACGGUGAAUUUUGUCCUCACGAAGCCGUGAUUUUCGGUCGAGACGACGAGGAAUUAUCCACUAUUACCGGUAUUUCCGUCGACGUCCAAUUCGGGGUAUUGGAAAUUCAUUACUCUCAUGACCGCCCCUCAAAGUCAGUAGGCCCAAAACCAUGGGCCACCAAGACUUUUGCGAUUGAUGGCCCAGGAGGUGAGCGCAUUAUCGCAGCUUUCGUUGGUAAUAACAUUCAGCUCGGUUUUCGACUUGUUACAAAUCGCAACAGACAGCUGACCUACGGAUUGAAUCUAUAUCCUACAAGACAAGAUAGCCUGAAUGCGAGAGAGACGGGUAUUUUCUGUGGCUUGUCUUGCAGCUGGAGCAUGAACGAUUCUGAUCAGCCACGACUGGACGCAGUGGCAACACUGUCACUUCCUAAGCCCUCCCAUCGUGAAUAUCAUGAUGGACUAGAUAUCUUUGGACUACAAGACCAGAACAAGCUGUGGUGGGAACCAGAUGCGCCUCCACCAACAUGGAAGGAAUCAGGUAGCAUAUACGGCUCACAGUUAAGAAAAUUAAGCGACGGCUAUCAGUACCACAUAGCGAGUACAGAGCCCGUAACCACCGACGGCAAUGUCGUGAGCUGGUUCGAUCUGAGACGCCCUGUGGAUGAGAUCAAGGUGACCUUUACACAUGGCCAUUCAUGGAUUAGAAAACGGGUUUCUCUUAUUAGCAUCAUUCUACAGUAUACUGAUGGGAGCCAAGCGAGCAGUGGGCCGACCCAGUUUUUUAUUGACUCCGAGGAUGCGGACGAGGAGAAUGAGAUUCCCUGGAUUUGGUACCAUCAGGGUUUCAAAGGCACUGACGAGGAGGAUCGCGUGGAAUCCCCAUUCUACCGACACGACUCUUUUACAGCUGGAGGAGAUUUCAUUGCUUGUGUACGUAUAUGGGCUAAACAAUUUUUGAGAGGCUUCCAAUUUUUGACUUGUUCUGGGCUUGAGGGUCCGAAAUGGGGGAUCUGUGAGGGCGAUGCAGCGACAACGAUCCGUUUCACCCGUGGUGGUAAUGGGGCUAGCGAACAGGAUGAUGGAGAGCAGCGGGCUGUUGGGCUCAAAGUAUUCACUGGCGUCGAUCGACAACAGUUUUCGUAUAGAAGAAGCCAUUCUAGUCGAAUUAUUACUGGGUUUCAGGCGUUAGUAGUAGAGUGA